AUGCCUGCCCAAGAACUCACGCCGCGCACCACGCGCAACAGCCGUGGUCUGCGCAGAACGCCCGUCUUCUCGGUCAAUUCCGGCCGAGUUUCGCGCCGCCGCAGAACCUGCGGCAAUUUUUCCUCCCCUCGCGCCGCCCAGGCAGCUGCCCUCGACGCAGUUGUUGAAGAACAACUCGCGACUCCCACGCGAGUUGCGGUCACUCGACCGCCCGUAUUCCCGCCGCCGGUCAGCCUCCCCCCGGCGACCCCGCAUGUUUUCACCGCGCCGCCGCGAACAUCAUCGCCCCCCGAGCACCCCAGGGUCUCGGCCAUCAAGACUGCAUCGGCGGGAAGUGCCAGGAGCUUCGCCUCCCCGCGGACACCCGUCCGCUAUCACCGAUACGUCACAAGGUUUGUUGACGUAACCCCGACAAGCCCACCGACUCCGGCCCCUGACAGUCCGGCGUACGAGACCCGGCUGUUCAGGCAGCGCAGCGACGAAGAAGGCGAAGAAAGAUUCGCCCGAGAGUUGUGGAUCGCGAUCCGCAACGAUCAAUACAUGAAAGGUUGUUGGUGCGGCCCGCCCAACAUUUACAACUCGAGAGAAGAAGCAGAAGUUGCAGUCGGUCACCUGCGCUUCUACGUGGUCGGUUCCGACAACAAAAAUCUCCGGGUUCUCCAGAAAAAGGACGACUUCCGCUGGCACUGCAGCUGCGGAAACGACGAGUACCGCGCUGUCUACAAGAACCUCAUCAACAGCAACGGAAAGCGCCCAGCCGAAGACACUGAAUUCGACUUGAUCACUCAGGACCAGGGCUCAGAGGGCGAUCGGACCGUCGACCGAGUCGUGCCUGCGCCCAACGAGCCAGCCACAGCCGAGGAGGAGCACUCGCCGGCAUCAGACAAUACCCAACAAAAAAUUCCGCCGCCAGCAUCAUCAAUGUGGACACGGGCUUUCAGCAUACUCAAUCGUGCUGUCGUAACAAUGGGCAGUCCUCUAGUUACCCUCCUCGGCAAGCUCCGUGAUUUCAGCAGCAACAGCUACGAGACCGUCGACACUCGCCGGAAAGAUGCCCGCAGUGGCGACAUUAUUGUCAAGAGACUCAAGCGCCAGGCGCCGGGAUCAUCCACAGAACAAGGUUCACCUUCGGCAAAUUGCGACGAUGGGUUUGAUGAGCUUGUCUGGGCCGAAGAUCCGAUGAAGCGCAUCGGCUUUCAGCAACUUCAAAGUCUCGCCAGCGUCUUCGCAACCCAAAUCGAGAACAUCAAAGCUGGCAAAGUCGUCGGCGGCGCGUCCCUUUCAGACAUUCAGAAGCAGAUUCGGGAUGGCCAGGACCUCGGAGCCAGCAUCGCUAUUCACAUGUAUCAAGAACAGAGACAUGGGCCGACGCCGCCUGACGAGUCAGACGACGAAAGAGCGGACAAGUUGCUCGAUACUUUGGUGGCGUAUCAGGACCGCCUCGCAGCGACCGUCGGUUUCAUGCGGAACGUGUACGACUACGACUUGUUCGAAGAACUGAAGAAAAGACACCCAGAACCGCCGCGUCGCCUGAGAUUGGGCAACACCAUGUUCAGACAGAACGCGAUGAUGGCAGGCGAGUUUCUGUGCUUUCUCCGCUCACUCGACAAUGUGUGCACAAUGGAUAGUACAGCACUCGAGACCAUCUGCCAACUAAUCGUGGAUGCUAAUGCCAUCCACAAGCAAGAGAUGGUACCCAGCUUUGUCGAAUUGAAGCAGGAUCCAAUUGAGGACAUGCCAGGGUAUUUCCCAAAGGACAAGCCGUCAAUUCUGGAGGAGAUCCCCGCAGAUGAACUCGUCAUUGAACCUCUCUACGACUUCAAGUUCCCAGAAGCAGAGCCGUCCAACUGGGAGGACCAGAUUAAGCCUGGUGACUACAGACUGGUGCCAAAGCCAAAAGGCAUCCUAAAACAGUCCAAGGAGUGGGAUGCUCCGGCUUCGCCGAGAUAUGUCGCGACCCCACAAAAGGAGAGGAAGCUUGCCUUCAAGAGCCCGAUAUCCAAAUUCAUCCCACCCACGCAUAUUCCGGCAAAGGUCAUGACUCCAAGCGAGGCAGAUCAGAUUGUCAGGGCGAAGCUCAAAGCAGAGGUCCUCCGUGACGAACAUUCAAUCCGCAUGUUUGAGGCCAGCAGAACCGUCUCUAGGCAGCGUGAUGUCACUCUCAAUUUCCGCGACAAGUGGACCCUGGAGGAUCUGGAAAAAGACGACAAGGAGAUGGGCCUCACUUAUCACGCCCAGAAGUACGACGGAUUCCUCAAUAACCUACAUGAUGAGCUGGAGAAGCGCGCUGAGGAAGCCAAAGAAAGCCGGCUCAAACCAACAAUCAAGUUCGCCCCGCGGAGACGCAUGGUGCAGAUCCCGCUCCCUCCGUUACCUUCGACUCCCGAGUUGCGCCGGCGGGCAGCCCACCUCUUAGAGAACGAUACCAGCAGUCCCGCGCCCUCCAGUCCCGCUGUCAACCCGCUGAUGCGCUCCAAGGCGGAAGAGCAGCCUUCCAAACUGGCCGAGAAGAAACAUACCCCUCGUACCCUUGAGGACUUCUUUGCAGAGGAUGAUGACGAUCUAGAGAUAUCCACCGCGAAGUUCCAGCAGUUGCAAAUUGACCGUCAGAUACGUGAAGAGUUUGCGACAAGGGUUCAGCGACGCAUCGAAGAGGAGCGGAAACGCCAAGAGGAAGAAGCUCUCCGCGAAAAACAACGCCGCGAAGAGGAGGAACGUCGUCGCCAGGAAGCAGAACGGCGCCGUGAGCAAGAAGCCCGGCGCCAGAGGGAGGCCGAGGAAUUCGCCAGGCUGACCGGGCUAAGACGACCUGCCCGCCCACUUAUCACAUCCUUGUCCAGCGAUUGGGACCUCAGAGUCACCAACGCCGCCAGAGCGAAUCCCACGACCGAGCUUGUCAAAACCUUGGAGGGUCAGCCGCUUACGCGGCGCGAUUUCGAAGAGAAGCUUCUUCCGCCCACUGCAUGGCUAAAUGACAACGUCAUUAUUGGGUCAAUCCUGCACAUCGCACACUACAUCAACACCGCAAAGGGCGCGACAGACCAAGAGCCCAAGUGCGCCGCUUUCACCUCCUACUUUUGGCCUCGUCUCCUUUCCCAUGGCCCGGGUGGCUGUGGCCGCCUCCUACGGAGAGCUGGUGUCCGCAAAGCAAACCUUCUUAGUAUUGACACGAUCUUGAUCCCUAUCUGCGCACAGUCUCACUGGACCUUGGCAGUGAUCCGGCCCAGUCAACGGACUGUCUCGCACAUUGACUCAAUGCGGGCUGGCGGCGGCGAUCAGAGUGUCAAGAACAAGCUCCUUGAGCUGGUACGCUUUAUUCUGGAAGAUCAAUAUGUCGAAGCCGAUUGGCGCGCCGUCGACUACGAAGCUCCCCGGCAAACCAACGGCUGGGACUGCGGCGUUUUCACCAUUACGAAUGCCAUGUGCAUGGCGCUGAGCCUCAACCCAAAAUACUCGUACACAGAGCGCGAGCUGACCCUGCAACGGAGGCGACUGGCUGCGGUACUGCUCAAUGAGGGAUUCAAGGGCGAGUUUAACCUAGACGGCUUUUGAGCGAGCGAUGACAAACGGCCCCCCUGCCUCUCUUGGGGAGAAGGCAGAGUUGAAUCAACAUGACUGCGCACACGGAAAAGAGAGACAUGCUUGAGCUGCCAACCAAUCCCUCUUGGCUUGACAUAACCUACACCGGGGCGACAUUGGUGCCGUCAGUUCCACGACCUUUUCAUUCACGCUCACAGCC